AUGUAUAGUUUAAUCAAUUCUAAUUUUAAUAGAACUUAUAACCCAAGUGGAAGGCAGAAUGCUUUAUCCGAUAUCAAAAAACUGCUUACAUCUAGAGACACAGCUGCACAAAAUAAAGCGUGCGGAUAUUUGAUAGAAGUGAUUAGCCGUUACAAUAAGAAAUCGGAUGAAGGAGCUCGUAUGGUGGAAUAUUUACUCGAAAAUGAUAUCACUGUAUUUUUGUGCGAAGCCACUUCAAACUUAGAUUUCACACUUUUUAGAUCCAUCCUAACAUGUCUGCGUCUCCUGUGGCGGUCACGGGAAUUCUUCUCGGAGGAGCACGCUGCGCACGCGAUGACAGCGGUGCUACGUGCUCUCGCGCACUACGCGGGCAGCGGCUCCAAGCCGCCUGUAGACGCCUGCCUGCACUUCUUGUGUGAUUUAUUGAAUGGGGUUUCCGCCAACAAGACCACACCAGCACUCUCCCACCAAAGUGCUUACAGCGCUGUCCAGCUGCUAGCUUGUCUGAACGCACUAGCUCCCCAUAUCAGCACGAACCGAAACACGAUUCUAUCCAGCGCUUUAGUGCUGCACGCGCUGAUUUCAUACCAACCAGAAAACCUAACUAUCAGUAUUAAUACUGCGAACUCUUUGCUCGAAGUGCUGAAGAAAUGGUUCAGUCUACUGAUGGGCACCUUGAACCAUGCAAUGUUGGUGGGAGACGAUGGAGUUUCUGGAAUGUUCUACGUCGUUAUUUGCCAGAUUGGAUUGGAUGUUUUUGGAUUGAUAAAACUGGUUGGUCGCGUUCAGAAAGCGGAUUUCGUCCAGUCGAUACUAAGUGAUGAUCAUGAAGUGAGUGCUCUGAAGCAGUGCUCAGGGCAGAUGGAAGAGGCUGUCAGAUUAGUUGUGGCUGAACUUGUUGGAUUUACGAAGGAACAUCAAUCAUCAAUACCCACGGAAGAAUACAAUGUAUUUCUAAAGCUGCUCUUAACAUAUUUCUAUUCUAACAAUAACAACGAAUGUCUACCAGAUUUCUGUGAUAUGCUGUUCUCGAAAGGAUAUCUUAUGAUGUUGCCUCAAGUACAAAUUACAAGGAACGAUGUCUCUGUCCGCAAAGUAAGCACUCUAGUUCUAGGCGAGAUGCUUAAAGUGCUGGCUGAGAAAUAUCUCAAUGUGAACGCCGUGCAAGACAGUGACACAUGUGCCAAGGUUAUUCACAUGGGUCUCGUAGAAUUACAGUACGGCAUAGAGAAACCUCACCGCAUCGGCUCACAACUGCAGAAGAACCAACCAUACAGUUUGCUCAUUUAUAUGUACUUCUAUUGCCAGUCUUCUGAAAAUCCUGAAGAAGCAACAGCGCCACUUUUACCUUACCUAGUGGAACACAUACUUAAAUUACCCAAGACAUUCAAGCCACCUGCGUAUAUCAUUAAAGCUUUGUGGCUUGUGUUUGCUAUGUCAACAAUAUCAAACGGUUCACUAGAAUCUCUGGGCGAACGUGUUUACCUUGAGAAGGCGACGGAUCGUUUAGUGGCAAUGUUGAACCCUGAUCCAUCGGUAUUCUACACCCACAACCCAGCUAUAUUACUAUGGGCGUUUACCUCCCAGAGAAUUUCAAAUUUUGUUAGGUUACACGUGCUAUCUCAAUGGUUUAAAUCCGAAGACUCUUUGCCAGCCGACCUUACAACCCAGCCAACAGUUUGGGAACUUCUCCUAAACAUUUUGAUACAGUGUACCGACAAAACCAUUGUGGGGAACUGUAUGGAGGCCCUUCAUAUUUGUUUGGAAGACGGAGACGAUAAUGCUAGACAGGAAUUUGCUGAGUUGAUUUGGUCUAUGCUGCCUAAUGUUCUGUCUAAAGUUUUGAUAGACACUGAAUAUCAGAUAGACACAAAUAUAUGUCACUUCUUAGACCUAGCUUCAACUCUACCACCUCUAGAAAUAGACCAGACGAUUUGCCUAAAGACCGCUGUAUUAAUAACUGCAAUUUACUCGAAGAAUCUUCCAGAACAGUGUGAGGAAAGCACUAGGCAUCAUUACGAAUAUGUCUGUUUGAAACUGGGCUUGUGUUUGCUUAGUUUGGCUAAUAACCAGAACGAUAAUAGAGUUCUUUUAACUUACACAAAUCGUGCUGGAUUUCUGCAAUCUGUGUUGGCUGCAGCUGAUAGUUCAGAUGAAAGAGUCGCUUGUGCAGCACUACAGCUACUCUCUUACGUUAUACAUUACUUCACCAAGAACAACUAUCAGCCAAAAUCAGUACUGCAAAUCCAAACUCAUUUGAUCAUAAAGACACUAAAACGCGACAGUACAAGCGAAAGGGGUGCUUCACUUCUACAACUAGUAUACAUGAUGUUGAAUACGGGAGCCAGUUCACCUCUGGCUUUAGCUUAUAGUGUUGAAGAUCAGCCGACGGUCAACGUGCAAUGUAACGCGUUGAGAGCAUUAAUGUUCAGGAUACAGCUGAUGUUGUGUUGUAGGGAUUCUAAAAACCAAUCCACAGCCGGCUGGAAAACUCUAAGCUCAAUCUUCAAACAUGCAAUAGUCACAAAGAACGAUACAAAAUUGAUAGCUACCCUAACAUCCCAACCUUGGACUCACACACUCAUUCAUUUCCAACUCACACAAGACUUGACACCAGAGUUCCUAACAUUCACUCAGAAUUGGCUGACAUUAUUAAAAAUAACUAUAAAAAAGUGCCAAGAAAUGAACAGAAUUCAGCUCUGUAAGCAGAGUUUGGUGAUCAAAACGAUGAUGUUGAUGAAGAAGAAUUUGACGGUGGACGGGGAUCUGAAAGAAAUGAAUCAGAAGGUGCUGGGUUUAGUUGAUGAGAUUUUGGAAGAGGCUGCUAUUAAAUAUUAA